CUUAACUAUAUGGCAGAUAUACAUUUGCAAGAUUAGAUGGGAUACUUAGCGCGAGUUUAGUAAGUGCGCUACUUCUGCAAUGAUGAUUCGCUCUGCCUCAUUCGUUACAAAUAAUCUAUGGAGAGCACACUCAAAACUCAUUACAAGUCUGUACACGAAACAAUGCGCCAAUCACUCUACUAAUCCAGAAUAUGCAAAUAAAACUGAACCAUAUGAAGUUUUUAAGUCGCGUUUCGUCAACGCAUUCGAUGAUCCGAAGAUUGACGGUUGGUGGGCUCGAACAUGGAUGCAAAGACUUCACCUUGAAGAUGCUGUGCCACCCCCAGAAGUUGUGAUAAGUGGUCUCAAAGCAUGCAGACGCCUAAAUGACAUCGCACUUGCUAUUAGGUUCAUGGAAGCCGUUAAGUUCAAAUGUCAAGUUUGUAAAGGCGCAUGGGAAUGGCUUCAGAAAGAAGUGGAACCCACCAUGAAGGAACUGGGUCUACCAACUCUAGAGCAACUUGGUUAUGACAAACCCGAAUUGGCAUUACUGGACCAUGAUGAGUAGUAGAAGCACUCUGUAAUUUAGCCAAAUACACAUAGAACUAUUCUGCCCACUAGAAUUCCUGCUUAUUCAUGCUAUAGAAAGUUGAUGUGCAGUGCAGCUUAUAAUGGGGUCCUCUAAAGUACUUAUUUCUCAGUCCGUCGACUUCAUGAAUACUACCACAUAUUCGUAUAGUUAGGAUAGUUGUAAUUGUUCAGUGUCACGACUGACAAUGAGUAAAUAUAUUUGAAAUCGUGGUAUUGUUCUUUCA